CUCGGGAUGAAACUGGUUGAUUAAUGGCUGGGGAAUACCAGCCAUAGGUGUUUAUAUAUCUGGCUGCUCAAAUCUUGUGGACAACAAUGGAUGUUUGCUGAGCUUCACAAAAGCAGUGAAUACAUUUCCGAUGUUUGCAUCUGGGAAGACAAGAAAAAUGCUGAGGAAAACCUGGAAACAGUUGUUUAAAAAAAAAAGUCAAGAUAGAAAAAACAAAAGUUUGGUGAGCCGGAUCUGCUCAGAUACUUCUGAGCCUGGAGUUGAAAAUCCCAGUCAAAACAGUUGGCUCAUGAAGACAAAAGACAAGUUUGAUGAAGAUCCGUGCCUGCACGGGCGAGAGAAAAACAUUCCAAUUCUUACAGAUGCACUUAAAGGAGCCAAACAUAUCCAGGAGCUAAUAGAUGCAGCUGAGAAGGUGAAAAAGUGGAAAAAUCAGAAUGGCACCACACCUCAUGGAAAUACAAGCUCUGGCACCUGCUCUCAGUGUACGGUGAAAGACUUCCUCAUGACAGUAGAAAUAUUUGUAGAAAACAACUUUCCUACAAUGCCAACAAACUCACAGACACCCACCGAGGAGUACCUGAAUGAUGCUAUGGGUCUGAUAUGUGGCAUGGUGACUAGCUUAGUGCCAGUCUUGGAUGAUUCAAUACUAGUGAAUUACUUACUUGACAGUUAUAAUAAGAGACUGUUUGGCAUGUUGUUCUUGUUACUGGAUAAAAGUUCAUCAGUAAACGAUUCCUUCUUCCUUCUACAAUGGGUGAAAAAGACAUAUUUUAGGCAGGACCAUAAGGGAUGUAUGAUUACAGGGAACAGUGUACUUAAUGUAUCGGACCCCCUCUUGCUUGCUGACUGGUUGCAGUAUUCAAAGCAGAAACUCCUCACACUCUUUCAGGGCAAUAUCUCAACUACCCUGCACAAUAUCCUACAACAUGAUCAGCCUAAUAGCGUUGGUGAAGACAGCAACGAGGAGGCUUUCCUUCAAGUCCAAAUAGAUGUUAUACAGUGUCUAAAUGCUUUCAUUCAGGCAAGCGAAACAAUCAGCCACACCAUUAAAAAUGCUGUACAAAGAAUUUGUUGCGAUGAACUUCACACUUUCAUACAGAAGUAUAUGAAUGCACAGGGGGCUGAUGAGUCAAAUUUACUCUGUCACUUUAAGAGACUUUAUACCUGUAGGCAACUCAGGUCCUAUGCUUUGAGCAUUGUUGAUCCAAACAAUAACACAGACACCUCCACUAUCAAGAUGUUAGAAAACAUGGAAACUCAAUCUUUAUCCAGUGUCCAGCAGUGUUUUGGAAAAUUAGCAAAGGACAAUUUAAAGAAGUAUUUCAACAAUGAGGAUGGGCAUUUACAAAAUAUAAUAGACAUAAUUCCAAACAUGCUUGCAACUUUACCCAAAGUGCAAGAAGGAGUGGAGACAAAACAGCUUAUUGUAAAAGCAGCAUACCACAGUGUUACAAAAGCAUACCUGCAGUGUUUAAUGCAGAGAAAGUACAAAAAAUUGGAAAAGAGGUGGAAUGAUGUAGAAAUGAGGAUAAAGAUGGAUGCUGAAUAUUUAAAUUACAACUUUGUAAAACAGAACGAAAGUGAUCAUGAGCAGAAAAUACUUCUGUUGAAAAUGGUUGAGAUUGUACAGUGCCGUACGCUAGAUACUCUUAAGCUUCUUUGCUCAGAACUGUACAUGGAAUUCCCUAAAGAGAGUGAGGAGUAUAUACCUGCCCUACUGCACUGGAGAGGGACAUUUUCACGAAGCAAGAUUAAGAAAGUAAUUGAUGUAAGUAGGGACACUGAAGGCUGUUUCAGAAAUGGAGACCAUGUCAGAUUCCAUUCUUGUAUAUACUGGUGGUGCUGUUUUUGUAAAAUGUAAGGGAAAAGCAAAUGACCAGAUUUUUUUUUUUUAUAAAGACAAAGCAGACAUCCAGCAUUUUCCUACCCAGGGUUUUGUCUAAAAACACCUGACACUGAUUUAUGGGAAAUUGCUUUCAAUUACUUUGACUUUGCCAGUCCAGUUAUUAACUGUUUAAAAGUUAGGUCUCAGUAUUGUUUGUUUGGUGUACAAUUUACACCAAUGAUAUUUUACAGUGUUACAGUAUUACGUGAUUUAUCAUCAUGAUUUAGGUUCAUCAUGAUGAACUUGUUAACUUGUUGUGUCUGUCUAACUAAUUGACAAUCAAAACAGUGAUUUGUUUUGAUUUUAUUUGUUGAAAUAUAUACAUGAAAUGUGUAUAAUUGUUCAGUUCAGAAGUGUCAUGUAUCAACAUUUGGUGUGAUUAUGUUAAAAUCACAUUACAUUAUUUUUACAUUCAUAUUUAGAGCUUGUUGUGUCUGAUUUUUAUGUAGAAUUUAUAAAGAAAAAAAUUUUUAGGAAGCAGUGUCCACUUGAGGGCAGCAUUGUAUAUUUUGACUUAAAAUAGUUUCAAACCAAACCAACAAAGAUACCUUUGAAGAUUAUUUACAGUCAUAAAAAUCCUGUUUUCCUGAAGCUACUCAGCAUCUCCAGUCUAAAUUAGCAAACUCCCUAAAACCUUGCUGUCUUCAUACAAUAACUGGAGCUCGAUGUGACUGUAGAAAAUUUCUCAGAACUGGUUCCCAUAGUAUACGAUAUUGGGAACCAAAUAUUAGAUACAAACAUAUAAAUAAGUGUUGUUUGUUAUAUUGUUGUAUUAAUUUUAUCAUCACCACUCAACUGUAUGGUGUCCUUGAGUGCCCUGAAAGGAGCCUUUAAAUAAAAUGUAUUAUUAUUAUUAUUAUUA